AUGCCUGAAUUUACCCCCCUGAACAAUGUGGAGACCGAACCUCUCGACGUCAAGAUGGAAGACGCGAGCGAGGGCGAGGUUUCUGAGGACAAGACGUCCACUCCCGGCUCUGAGAUGUCCGAGGAAGCGCCUGAGCCCACGGACGCCGACGACGUGAAGGCUGAAGAUGACGAAGACGAGGCGCCUAAAACCCAUGUCGCCAACACCAAAGCAACCAAGGGACGAGGUGCCGGUGAAAAGAAGGCUACUAACGGGGCAAUCAAGACUGAAGAGGAAGCCAAGAUCCCCGUUACUCCUCGCAAGAGAGGCCGCAAAGCCAAGGCUGGCGAUGCAACCACCGCCGCCACUGCCGAAGAGGCUGACGACGAAGCGGAGACGCCAUCUAAGAAGAAGCGCGCUACCCCUGCCAAGGGCACUCCUAGCAAAGCCGGCAAGCGCGCCUUGCCCAGCAACUUUGAUGAGGCUAGUGAGGAGGACAAGAUGCUUCUUCGCAUGAAAGACGAGGAGAACAAGCCCUGGAGCGAAAUCAAGUCUGCAUGGGAGAAGGCCACGGGCGAGACCGUGGGUGGCAGCACCUUGUCCAACAGAUACCAGCGUAUCAAAGCGAACUUUACCGUCUUCAGCCCUGAGGAUGAGGCAAAGCUGAUCCAAUGCAAGAAGGAUAUCGAGGAAAAGUUUGAGAAUGAAAAGUGGUGCCGUAUUGCGGAUGCCAUGGAGGUCGCUGGCGGGAAGCGGUACCCUGCAGCCGCCUUGCAGAAGAAGUUCAAGGAUCUUGGACGGAAGGUGGCUGCCAAGGAGGCCGACGGAAUGGCCGAGUAA